CUCUGUGGGCGGGUUGGGUUGCAAUCCUGCCGCAUCCUAGCCGCCCUUUGCUCUCCCGGCGUACGUCUCUAUGUAUGUCUCCCACGUAGGAAAAGAGCCAGACCCAGAGGGGGGAGUCUGUCUGCCAGCCAAGUGCUGCUCCCUGGUGCUCAGAGGCUGCUCCAUCUCCAACUCCUCUCUCUCUCUCUCUCUCACUCUCUCAUUCAUUUCGCCGGCUAACAUGAGAGAUCAUGGCCGCCUUCGGGCUCCUGAGCUAUGAGCAGAGACCUCUCAAACGGUGCCGUCUGGGGCCGCCCGACGUCUAUCCUCAAGACCCCAAGCAGAAGGAGGAUGAGCUAACUGCUGUAAAUGUAAAACAAGGUUUCAGUAAUCAGCCAGCUUUCUCAGGAGAUGAACAUGGGUCUGCUAGAAAUAUUGUUAUUAACCCAUCAAAGAUUGGUGCUUAUUUUAGCAGCAUAUUAGCAGAGAAGUUAAAACUUAAUACAUUCCAGGAUACAGGAAAGAAGAAAUUGCAAAUAAAUGCUAAAGACAAUUACUGGCUAGUUACUGCUCGAUCCCAGAGUGCAAUUCAUACUUGGUUUGCAGAUUUGGCAGGAAAUAAACCUCUGACUUUCCUAGCAAAAAAGGUCCCAAUUCUCAGCAAAAAGGAAGAUGUUUUUGCUUAUUUAGCAAGAUAUUCUGUGCCACUCUUGCGAGCAGCAUGGUUGAUAAAAAUGACGUGUGCCUACUACUCAGCCAUCUCUGAAGCUAAAAUCAAGAAACGCCAGGCAGCUGAUCCAAAUCUUGAAUGGACUCAAAUCUCUACCAGGUACCUAAGAGAACAGUUGGUAAAGAUUGCAGAAUUUUAUCACAUGUCUACAAGCCAAGGCAAAAACUCUGUAGUUGUGCCUCGUGAAGUGGAACAAGCUCUGAAGCAGUGGGAAUAUAAUGAAAAGUUGACAUUUUAUAUGUUCCAGGAAGGAAUGCUUGAAAGACAUGAAUAUUUAACGUGGAUCCUGGAUGUCUUGGAAAAAAUAAGACCAGCUGAUGACGAACUUUUGAAACUCCUCCUACCACUAAUGCUGCAGUAUUCUGAAGAGUUUGUUCAGUCAGCCUACCUGUCGCGUCGCCUUGCUUACUUCUGUGCCAGACGUGUCUCUUUGUUGAUAAGUGACAAUACUAACCUCAUAGCUGCCCACUCGCCUCAUAUUAUUAUUGGACCAAAUAAUCCUCCUCUGGCAGCUCCCAGCUCUUCGACAACUGGUACUGUAGUCAAUCCUGCCCAACUCGCCUGUUCAGAUUUUCUUGCCUGCCCCCAACACCGCCCUCUUGUCUACGGCCUAAGCUGUAUGCUGCAGACUAUAACUCUCUGUUGCCCAAGUGCCUUGGUCUGGAAUUAUUCUACAAAUGAAAGUAAAAACAUAAAUCCUGGCUCACCUUUGGAUUUACUUCAAGUUUCUCCAUCCAGCUUACCAAUGCCAGGAGGAAAUUCUGUAUUCAAUCAGCAGGUUCGUGCAAAGAUUUUUGAAGUAGAACAGCAGAUAAAACAAAGGGGACGUGCUGUUGAAGUACGGUGGUCAUUUGACAAGUGCCAAGAAUCAACUGCAGGGGUUACUAUCAGCCGUGUUUUGCACACUUUGGAGAUUUUGGAUAGACACUGUUUUGAUCGUUCAGAUUCUAGCAACUCAAUGGAAAGCCUUUAUAACAAGAUUUUCUGGGGAACCCAUAAUAAGGAUAACCAGGAGGUUGCACCUAAUGAUGAAGCUGUUGUAACAUUGCUUUGCGAAUGGGCUGUGAGUAGUAAAAGAUCUGGUAAGCACCGGGCAAUGGCUGUAGCUAAACUAUUGGAGAAGAGGCAAACUGAAAUUGAGGCAGAAAGAUGUGGUGAAGUUGAAAUCAUGGAUGAAAAGGAAUCAAUUUCUUCAGCAUCAUUUGCUGGAUCUAGCCUCCCUGUUUUUCAGAAUGUUCUCCUUAGAUUUUUAGAUACUCAAGCUCCCUCUUUACCUGAUCCAAACAGUGGAUAUGAAAAAACGGAAUUUGUGAACCUAGUGCUGCUUUUUGGUGAAUUUAUACGGCAUGAUGUUUUCUCGCAUGAUGCUUACAUGUGCACUUUAAUAUCACGUGGAGACUUAUCUGUCACUGCAGCUUCUAGAGCACGUUCACCAACUGGGGAAAACAUGGAUGAGCACUAUUCUAAGGAACAUGAUGUGAAACUUGAGGAACAUAGUCUUAUGGAACACAUGUAUAUUGACUCAGGAACCACUAAUAUUUUUGAUGAUGUAGACAAGAAUGACUUUAAGACAGACUUUGGUUCGGAAUUUCCAAUCUUUUCUCCAAUGCCUGGGGAGUCUUGUGAAAAUCUGAAUUCAAUACCAGUACAAAACAGAAGAGCUUCAGUAAAUAAUGAAAAGUCUACAAAGAAAGAAAAAGGAAGGGAGCUGAUUUUUCCAUCAAAUUACCACCUCCUUCGACAUUUGCAGUACGCUACACAUUUUCCUAUACCUUUGGAUGAAUCAUCAAGUCAUGAAUAUAACCAGCGCAUGAUACUUCUUUACGGAGUUGGAAAGGAACGUGAAGAGGCCAGGCAUCAACUGAAGAAAAUUACCCGAGAUAUUCUGAAAAUCCUAAAUAAGAAAAGCACUUCUGAAAUGAGUGGUGGCGAUGAAGGGCAAAAAGUCAGGAAGAACAGACAAGAGGCAUUUCCAACUUUAGAGACUGUAUUUACAAAACUUCAGCAGCUCUCAUACUUUGACCAGCAUCAAGUGACAAGUCAGAUCUCCAACAAUGUUCUGGAGCAGAUUACUAAUUUUGCAUCAGGAACAUCAUACCAUCUUCCACUAGCUCAUCACAUAGAAUUUAUCUUUGAUCUAAUGGAACCUGCUUUAAAUAUUAAUGGACUUAUUGACUUUGCUGUUCAGCUGCUGAAUGAGCUGAGUGUGGUGGAAGCUGAACUACUACUGAAGUCAUCCAGCCUGGCAGGAAAUUACACAACUGGACUGUGUGUUUGCAUUGUAGCUGUGCUAAGGCAUUAUCAUGCUUGCCUCAUUUUGAAUCCAGAUCAAACUGCUCAGGUUUUUGAAGGAUUAUGUGGUGUGGUCAAACACAUAGUCAACCCAUCAGAAUGCUCUUCCCCCGAAAGGUGUAUUUUAGCCUACCUGUAUGAUCUCUAUGGGUCCUGUAGCCAUCUUAGAAGCAAAUUUGGAGAUCUUUUCAGUAGUGCCUGUUCAAAGGUAAAGCAGACCAUAUAUAGCAAUGUUCAACCUUCAAAUUCCAAUUUGUUAUGGGAUCCUGAAUUCAUGUUGGAUUUUAUUGAGAAUCCCUCCAUUCGCAGCCUUAAAUAUUCAAUGUUGGGCAAGAUUCUGAGUGACAAUGCACCAAGUCGCUAUAGCUUUGUGUGUAAUGCACUAAUGAAUGUCUGCAUGGGCCAUCAAGAUGCAGACAGAAUUAAUGAUAUUGCCAACUUGUGUGCAGAAUUAACUGCUUGCUGUACUGUCCUAAGUUCAGAGUGGUUAGGAGUCUUGAAAGCCCUUUGCUGUUCUUCAAACCAUGUCUGGGGAUUUAAUGAUCUUCUCUGCAGCGUGGAUGUGAGUGAUCUUUCAUUCCAUGAUUCGUUGGCUACCUUUGUUGCAAUACUGAUAGCUCGUCAAUGUUUUUUCCUUGAGGAUGUUGUUCAACACGUAGCUCUUCCUUCUUUACUUACAGCAGCUUGUGGAGAUCCAGAUGCUGAGCCAGGGGCAAGGGUGACUUGCCGACUUCUUUUACAUCUCUUCCAAACACCCAAGAUUUCCCUACUGUCAAAUGAAAAAUGUUUUCCAGGAAUUCGGUCAUCUUGUGAUCGCCGCCUUUUAAGUGCUGCUCACAACAGCAUAGAAGUGGGAGCAGUAUUUGCUGUUUUGAAAGCAAUUCUUAUGCUUGGUGAUGCUGAAAUUGGAAGCAACAAUAUUCCCUCCUUGAAAAAUUCUGAUUACUCAGUACAAAGAUUAUUGGGAGAUCUAAAUGAUGAUGAGAUAUGGGAAGCUACCUCAAAGUCUUUGUAUGGAAAAACCAUUUCCAUAGAAACUGCUACUCUCAGUGAAUAUGCUAGAUAUGUACUAAGAAGCAUUUGUCAGCAGGAAUGGGUGGGGGAACACUGCUUGAAAGAACCUGAGAGGCUAUGUACCGACAAAGAUCUUAUCCUGGAUCCAGUUCUCUCCAACAAACAAGCACAGAAAUUGUUGCAGCUUAUCUGUUACCCUCACAGUAUUAAAGAAUGCACAGAAGGGGACAACAAUCCUCAGAGACAACAUAUCAAGCGCAUUCUUCAGAAUAUAGACCAGUGGACUCUUAGACAGUCAUGGCUGGAACUUCAGCUAAUGAUCAAACAGUGUCUGAAGGAACCUGGUUCUGGGUCUGUGGCUGAAAUGAACAGCUUGUUGGAUAAUAUUGCAAAGGCGACAAUAGAAGUGUUUCAGCAAUCCGCUGAUCUAAACAAUAACUCUUCUAACUCUGGUAUAGGCCUCUUCAAUCCAAACUCUCUUGGAAAUGCUGACACACAUAUUACAAGGCAGAACUGUAAAAAGACAUUCCUAAGCUCUUCUGAAAGACAAGGUGUCUGGUUAGUGGCUCCCCUGAUUGCAAAGCUUCCGACAUCUGUUCAAGGCCGAGUCUUGAAAGCAGCUGGAGAAGAACUAGAGAAAGGCCAGCACUUGGGAUCAUGUUCAAAGAAGGAGAGAGACAGGCAAAAACAGAAGAGUAUGUCUCUUCUGAGUCAGCAACCAUUCCUAUCUUUGGUACUCACUUGUCUGAAGGGACAGGAUGAACAGCGUGAAGGGCUUCUAACAUCUCUGCAAAAUCAAAUUAAUCAGAUAUUAAGCAACUGGAGGGAAGAACGAUACCAAGAUGAUGUUAAAGCAAGACAAAUGAUGCAUGAGGCAUUACAACUCCGUCUUAAUUUGGUUGGUGGAAUGUUUGAUACAGUGCAAAGAAGUACUCAGUGGACCACAGACUGGGCACUUCUACUCCUUCAGAUAAUAACAUCAGGGACUGUUGACAUGCAAACCAAUAAUGAAUUAUUUACAACAGUGCUUGACAUGUUGAGUGUUUUGAUCAAUGGAACUUUAGCUUCUGACCUCUCAAUUGCAUCUCAAAUGGGAUCUGAAGAGAACAAGAGAGCAUACAUGAAUUUGGUGAAAAAACUCAAAAAAGAAUUGGGCGAUAAAAGUUCAGAAAGUAUUGACAAAGUUCGUCAGCUCUUGCCAUUGCCCAAGCAGAUGUGUGAUCUUAUUGCCUGCGAGCCUAUGGGAUCACUGAUUGAUACGAAGGGAAACAAAAUCGCUGGAUUUGACUCCAUAGAUAAGAAACAGGGACUCCAAGUCUCAAUGAAACAGAAAGUAUCUCCAUGGGAUUUACUGGAAGGCAAUAAGAAUCCAGCUCCAUUGUCUUGGGCUUGGUUUGGAACUGUUCGCAUUGAUAGGAAAGUCAUAAAAUACGAGGAGCAGCAGCACCUUCUUCUUUACCACACACACCCUAAACCUAAGCCACGAAGUUACUACCUCGAACCUUUACCUCUUCCUCCUGAAGAGGAGGAAGAGGAAGAAGAGCCUACCACUCCUGCAUCUCAGGAACCAGAAAGAAAGUCAGCAGAGCUUUCAGAUCAGGGAAAACCUUCAGCAGAUGAAGAAAGAAAGGGUAAAGGCAGAAAAAGAAAGACAAAAGCAGCUUCCAAAACUGAUGAAUAUCCUCAGAACAAUGGAUGUAGAAUGGCUCCUAAUUUUUCACCACUUUAUUCCCAAAUGUUGCAUCACCCUCAAUCUGCUUUGUGGGGCUACAAUGUUAUAGGACAGCCCCAACAGUCAGGUUACUUUGUCCAGAACCAGCCUCUUCCACCAGGUGGUUCCAGAUUGGAUCCCACAGGGUCCUUUGUGCCAAGCAACACAAAACAAGUGCUCUCUAACAUGCUGCAGAGACGUUCCAGCAAUAUGAUGCAGCCCCCAGCAAUUCACACUAUUUCUUCUCAUCAGCAGCAGCAACAGUUGCUUCAACAACAGCGGAUUCUAAGGCAUCAGACCCAGGGUCCAACAAUUGAGCAGGCUUCCAUUUUUGCUCAACAAGUCCGCCCCUCUUCUUCUCAGCUAACACAGUAUCCAGGAAUACAACAAUCACAGACAAUUCCUCAUGGCUAUACAAUGUAUAGUACUCAGAUGUCAUUGCCAUCUCAACAGACUGGGGGUAUAGUUCUUUCACCUACCUACAACCCUAGAUCAUUUCAAGCAACUCAUUCUAGUCCAGUUUUAAUGGAAAGGUUAAGACAGAUGCAACAGCAGCCAAGCGGGUACAUUCAUCAGCAAGCAGCUGCCUAUCUUCAGCCUUUAGCAGGCAAUCAGCGUUCAGUUCACCAGUCUUUGCAGCAGAAUAACUUGGUUGGAGGACCUCUGGAUACAGUAUCAGCCACACCUUCCCAGGCAAAUCUUUACUCUGUCCAGGUGUCUCAGGAACAGAUGAGACAGAGGCAACAGCAAAUUCGGCAACAAAGAUUCCUUCAGCUUCAGCAGCAGCAGAAUCAACAACAAAUCAUUAGUCUUCAAGCAAUGCAGCCUCAACAACAAUCUUUUUUCCCAAGACAAGGUUUGCAGCAGACACAGCAGCAACAACAGACAGCUGCUCUGGUCAGACAACUCCAGAAACAGCUGUCAAGUAAGUAUGUAGCAUUAGAUAAAGAUUCUUUUCUGCUUCUUUCCAUCUGGGCUUUUGCAUAUUUGGAAAACAGUUACUGCCAACUCAUUAUGGUUAAAUAAUAAAUCUGGCUAUCAUUGCUGGAGAGUAAAAGAAUGUUGUUUGUGAUAAAGCCCCUAUCUUAAAAACUACAACAUGUAUGCACACUGCUGUUUAGUAAGAAUGUUUUAAAUAUUGUAUCUCAUUCAUUCAAGAUUAGGUAGCUAACUAGCUAACUAGCUAACUAACUAACUAACUAAUAAUAUAAGCAAUUAAUAUAUUUAUUACAGAUCUGUAUACUGACCUAUUACAAGGCUCUAGACAGAAGUAAAAUAUCCAAUAAAACAAUCUGUUCCUAAACCCAACAAGCCAAAGGCUUUCCAGUUCAAAUCCAAAACAUCAGUAGAUUAUAAAUGCCUGUUUAAAUAAGAUCAUUUUUACAACUUUGCAGAGCUCCAACAGGUUGAGAGUCAAUCUAUCUCAGGGUCAAGCUCUUUCAUAAUUCUGGAACUGCCACUUAAAAUAUGUGUUUCCAGGCUCAUACUUCCUUGACUCACUGUGACACAGAGAUCCCAAAUAUCUUCUGUCAUAAUGUUUAUACAGGAUGAACAGAUUUUGACCAGGGCAGACAUUGUGUCAAGAUAUAUAAAUGACAUGUGUGUUAUCACUGGUAUUUUGGACUUGGAAAAUCUAUUGGCAAUCAAUCCUGUGAUGCAAUUGUAGUAGCAUUCAUAAGCAGCCUUAUUGUGAACCAAGUUUCCAUUAUUGUUUUCAAAUAGUUUCAAAGGUAGUCCCAAUGUAGUAGUCUAAGCAUGAGGUGAAAAGGAUGUUAGAUACAGAUGCCAAGGCUAUUUUGGUCCAAGAGAAAUUAUAACUAUACAUCAGGCAAUGCUGAACAAUGUCCCUCCCACAAGCUGUAGGCUUUACCUGUUGCUUAAGUAAGAGCCAUGAGUGAACCCUCAAAUUACAGACUUAUUCCUUCAGAGGGAAUGAGACCAACAUACUUGGUCUUAUUUCCUCUCAUACAUGAACAGAAUUUAUUGUAAAUAAAUGUUUUAUUUUUUUGACAGGAGGGGAGGUUGUGAGCCACCCAGGAUUUAGACCAAAGGGUUGGCUAUAUAAAAGUUUUAAAUAAAUAAGUUCUAUUCAAACUGGUUUUGUCACAUCUAGUUGCUUAUAGCUUCCAAACAUUAAAUAAAGAUCUCCGUAGUAUCUCUUAUCCAGCCACAGGUCAAUGUGUAUAAGUAGAUAUCAUCAUCAUAUUGAUAAUAGCUUCACCUCAUAUCAGUGGAUAAUCUCACCCAAACAUAAGUAUUUUCAUAUAGAAAUUUAAUAACAUAUUAGAAAAUGUUAAGUCCUAUAGCACUUAUCAUGGAGAAGCCAAAGACUAGACUAUUAUUUCCCCAUUAGUCCAUUGGAAACCAUUAGUGUCCACAACUCUUAAGGGUGUUUCAGAAGGAUACAAUGAUUAAUGUUAAUGAAACCCAUAGGAUUAGAGGGGGUACAUUCCAACCAGAUCCUAAUGAAGAUCAAACAUGAGAGUGGCAAUGCAGCUUCAGUCCCAAGUUCAAAUUUGAAUCUGAAGAAAAGGAUUCAGAUGGUGCAUUUCAUCAAGAAUCCUUUGAAGCUGAUACCUUACCAUUUUUUCAAAAUCAUUUUCAAGGAAGCAUUCAUCAGCUCCCAAAGUAGGUAGAGGAGGCAUGAAUGAACAUAUUCUGUGAUGGAACUACCUACCAAUGAAUUGGAAAGAAAAAUUCUCAAUGACUCUUAAAGCCCAGGUUUGACAGAUCUGUAAUAUGCUAGGGGUGGACCAUCUAAAUUAGUUCUCCAUUCUUUCAGAGAUUAAAGAUUCUAAUCAUUCAUAUGUUGACCAGAAAAUCACAAGACCAUGACAAAGGUCUUCUAUUUUCAUGCCUCAUCUGUUCUGAAAUAUGGACAAGAAGCAGUAUAUGACCUUCUGUAUGAAUUGGAACAGAGAUCACCUUAACCAAAGCCAUGGUUUCCAUGGGAGUCAUGAAAUAUUGAGUCCAUUCAAAAACAAUUUCCACCUUGGGAAAUUCCAACAGAAGGGUCAAACCACGAGCUUUUUCCUGCAAUCUAAAUAUACUCACAUUUGGUCCUCUGGAGAGCAACAUCUUUGGUUAUUGCCAAAGGUUUUCAUAUUUUGCCUUUAGUCUUAUUUAUUAACCAUUACUUUUCCAUAGCCUUAAGUGACAGGAGAGGUAUAUGAGUGGCAUGAAGAUUUUAUGAGGUGAGUGGAACCAGAACAUUGAAAUUCUUUAAAAAAUAAACUAAAAUAAAAAGAGUUUAACAAAAACAUCCAGUUUUGAGUAUGUGUAUGUUGUUUUUCUUAAGUAUGCAAAAUCUAUAUCUUAUCAGGCAGCAUUUAACAUUGAAGAAAAUGUUAUGAUCCUUAGAUUUCAAAAUAUAUACAUUGCCGGAUAGACUCAACGUGGAACUCAAGGAUAAAAGCGAAACAUUGUACUAUAAAAUCUGGGCAAAAUUCUAUGAAUGGUUAGAUAAAAGGAGGAUAGCCGAGACAAAUGUGUAGUGGUAGACUAGAAUUAUAUAUGUUAUUAUAGAUAAAUAUGUAUGUGAAUUGUAUAUGUAGGUAUAGAUAUGUAUAAUUGUAUAGGAAUAAGGUAUAAAUGAUUAAUAUUAUACUAUGUUUAAAUAAUGUAUAAGGUGUAAGGAAUAUAUUAUUAUAUCUUCAUUAGUAUAUUAUGUAUUAACUUAAAGUGUUGGAAGAUGCUUGAGACCAGUGGUGUCAUAUCUAUGUCCAAUUUGGAUAAUGAGUAUUUGAAUUUUAGGCAUAUAAACUUAAUUUCUGUUUGAAACUAAGGCUUUCCAUUCCCUCCCCCCCCUGCCCCCCACACAUAAUUGUUACUUGGAAAUUUAUUUUGAUCUGUUAUAUGGGAUUUUCAUUUGAUGACAUUACAGCAUUUUUAUGUUUUUGCU